GUAUUCUGGGAGAGGCGAAGGAACAACAGUGAAAUAGGGCGGUGUGCAGAGCUGCGGCAAGUAAUUUAGAGAGUCCUAACAAGAUGGCGAGUCAAAGGAUAACACGGGAUACUUUCGAUGCUGUGGUGCAAGAGAAAAUGAAAAGGUACCGGAUUAGUCUGGAUCAAGCAAUAUCUGAAACCAUACAGGAAUUCCAGCUAGAAGGGCCCUCAAACAUCUCAAGGAUUCCAAUGGAAAGCUUUGAUUCUAUAUACAGGGAUAGUGAAAGAUAUCGUGACCUGCCCCGUGAUACUUUGACUAGAAACUGGGAUUUGGAGAAAAGAAGAGAGGAUCUUGCACGUCAAACAUUACAACUUAGAGAAUACGGAAGGGAACCAUCUCCAACAAGAUUUGGUGAUUCGUUUUUAGACCGAUUGCGUUCAGAGGAUGCUCGGCUAAAAGAGAGAUUGUUACAGGAAGAACUUCAUGCUACAAACCGUCGGAUUAAUGAACUUGAUCCACUUAGGGCCCGAGAGCGUGAUCUUCUUGUUAACAGGGAGCUGAACUUCAGCAACAGGCGCUGGGAGCUUGAACGUAAUGCUCUGCGUUCCUCAGAGUACAACAUGGCCCGACCAGGUGUCUUUAGGGAUUUUCGUUCACCACCACAAGCAGAUAGAUUUGGACAGAGGGCAAGCUCUCUUCAAAGUGAGUACCGGUCAGCAGGAGUAAGGGGAAAAAUGCCCACAAAGCAAGUACUUGGAGGAAAAAUACAAAGGGGUGGAGGAGCUAGGUUACAGGUAGGACGCCCAGUACAGAGUGGAAAAGCAGGGCAAUUUGAGAAAAUUGGUGAAUCCUCAAGCAAGCAGCCAGAAAGUGAGGCUGCGGAGAAGGCAGCAGCUGAAGGCAAAGAUGACCAAAGUCCAUCAGCUAAACAAAGCCUACAACUAAUACGGUGGUCCAAGUUAAAUUCCUUGCUCACCGAUGUUGACCUAGUGAUGCAGCAUAAAGCAUUGUUCAAGGUUAAAACAGAAGCCUGUAAGAUGAUUGUAGAAUGCUUCAAAUGUCCUAUGACAACCGAUCGCCUAGAAUCCUGUUUUUCUCUUGCGAAGGUCCUAAAUCAUCCAGCACUGAAAAAUCUCAGAAUUGAUAAUGAUUUGUUAAUUUUGUUGAUGAAGAAGGUAGUUGUAAAGAAUAAAAAUGAGUUCUUUGAGAUCAUAAAGCCCUUUGAUAAGGAAAUGAUGACAAUCCAGCAACGACUACUCAGAAGCGUCACUCCACUGCUUAUGGCCUGUAACACUUUUGAGUUGAAGCAUUCUAUCCUCACUGACCAACGUCAGCUGAAGGGUGCUCUCAAGAGCACAGUGUUAUUGUGUCGCAAGUCAAUGGUGCUUAUAGGACAAAUAUUUGCAUCCAUUACUAUUGCCAGGCAGAAAAACAUUUUGGAAGUAUUGGGGCUUAGUGAAAUGGAAGCUAAGCCAUCAGAGUAUCCAAAUAUGAAAGAUUCGUUCCUAUUUGGUAAGGAAUUCCUUGACAAGCUGAAAGAUUGGCUCAAAAAAAGUGGGAACAGAUUUAAGUUAAAAUCCCGUGUCCAAUAUGAGGAAAAAGCUGACCAUGAUGAAGAGGAGUCUAAGGUUGCAGUUGAAACAAAAGUAAAAGAAGAAGCUGACCCUGCAGUUGUAGCACAAAUCGACCAGCUUCUUGAGUAUGCAUCGAAAGGAAAACAAUCAGAUGGUGAAAAACCAGCAUUUUGGUUCCUAUUCGACAAAGAAAGCAGUGAAUAUAUAUAUUAUCGCCAUAAACUUGCUGAAUUUCAAAAAUCUACUGGCCAGAUAAGUGUAAGCAAUGUUCAAACUAAAAAACCCAGGAAGUCCCCUGAACAACUAGCUUGUGAAUCUGUGAGAGCCAUGCUGUAUGCAAGAAAGGCACAUGCAAUAAAGAGAAAGACAUUUAAGUGCUUAGCCUACUCAAGGAGGCAAAAGGUUAGGAAUUUAAGGAAAGUGAAGACCCGAUCCACCAAAAAGGUUUUAGUCAAGUCUGAACCAAUGGAGGUGUCAUGUGCUUCCAAAGAACUGGAUCAGAAACCUCUUGAAGGCAAGCCCUCUACCACUUCUGCUUCAACAAAAUCAUCUGCCCAAGUAACUAGUGAGGUCUCUACCCCAACUUCAGAACCUGCUAAAUCCUCUGCACCAGCUACAACAACUGCAGCCAAGGCCUCUGCCCCCGCAACUACCGCCGCCAAGGCCUCUGCCCCCGCAACUACCGCCGCCAAGGCCUCUGCCCCCGCAACUACCGCCGCCAAGGCCUCUGCCCCCGCAACUACCGCCGCCAAGGCCUCUGCCCCCGCAACUACCGCCGCCAAGGCCUCUGCCCCCGCAACUACCGCCGCCAAGGCCUCUGCCCCCGCAACUACCGCCGCCAAGGCCUCUGCCCCCGCAACUACCGCCGCCAAGGCCUCUGCCCCCGCAACUACCGCCGCCAAGGCCUCUGCCCCCGCAACUACCGCCGCCAAGGCCUCUGCCCCCGCAACUUCCGCUGCCAAGGCCUCUGCUCCUGCAUCUGCUAAGGCUCCUGCAUCUACCCUGGCCAAGGCCUCUGCCCCCGCAUCUGCCAAGGCCCCUGCUUCUACCCCGGCCAAGGCCUCUGCUCCCGCAUCUGCCAAGGCCCCCGCAUCUACCCCGGCCAAGGCCUCUGCCCCCGCAUCUACCCCGGCCAAGGCCUCUGCCGCCGCAUCUGCCAAGGCCCCCGCAUCCACCCCAGCCAAGGCCUCUGCACCCGCAUCUGCCAAGGCUCCUGCAUCUUCCCUGGCCAACAUGUCUGCCCCUGCAUCUACACCAGCCAAGGCCUCUGCCUCUACAUCAACCCCUGCUAAGGCCUCUGCCCCUGCAUCUAGCUCGACCAAGGCCUCUGCACCUACUCCAGCUAAGUCAUCUGCAUCAACUUUAGCCAAGGCCUCUGCCCCUGCUUCAAAGGCUCCAGCUUCAACCCCUGCAAAGACCUCUGCAACAACCAGAUCAGCUACCAAGUCUGCUACACCAACCAAGACCUCUCCUAAAACCACUGAAUCUGAACCACAAGAAACCAAUGUGAAAGACGAAGCCUCAUCCGAAAGUCUGGAUUUGGAUGUUGAUGAGAAGACAAUGGACACCGCUGUAAAGCUGGCUCAGUUCGUCGUUCAGAUGGGUCCAGAACUUGAGCAAUUUAGCAUGGAAAAUAGUGUGAACAAUCCUGAAUUCUGGUUUCUACGUGAGAAGGACAGUCCAGCAUACAAGUUUUAUAAGCAGAAGGUAGAGGAGUUCAAACAAGCAGAGGAGGACGCAUCGGAGGAGGAGGAGGAGGAUGAUAUGCUGGAAGAUGAUAGCGAAUUGGAAAACAUAAGAGCAGACGAUGACCUGCUCCUGGAAGAUAGUGAAGAUCCAAAUAUGGAUGCCGACUGUGAGGCGGCUGAGGCUCCCAACAGUGAUAGUUCACAGGUUGCUGCAUUUAGUCAAAUGCCAACCCCAGCACGGCCACAAAUGCCACGAAAGAGGGUCUCUAAAUUGAAGGUUGGAAUGUUGCCUCCUAAAAGAGUUUGUCUUGUGGAUGAACCUAAAGUACAUGAUCCAGUACGUAUUGAAUAUGACCGUCCUCGUGGGCGUGGAUAUAACAGACGAAAGAAACCUGCAGAUUUGGAAUUUGCUAACAAGAAGCUGACACAACAGAAUGUGGGCUUCAAGAUGCUGAGCAAAAUGGGUUGGAAAGAAGGACAAGGACUUGGAUCCAGCGGAGCCGGAAUCAAAAACCCUGUUAAAGUGGGCUCAGUCUCUGGUGGAGAGGGGUUAGGUGUGGAAAAUAAAGAUAAAGAAGGAGAACCCCAAGGCGACAACUUUGAUGUCUUUCGGCAAAGAAUGAUGCAAAUGUAUAGGCAAAAAAUGGUCAAAUAAGUAGUUUUGCAGACGUCCCGAAGACCACCACAAUUCGUGAAAUAUUUCUGCUUACUCAACAUUUUAGCUUGUAUUUUGUUUAUUUUUACAAAUUUUUCAUCAAUGUGAAUACUUGCAUGACAGUUAUGCAGUUAACGUAGUUAUUGAAUAGGUACAUUUAUCAUUUUGUUUUAUGUAUUUUUUUUUUUUGGCUUACAGUUCUUAACAGCGUAAACGGUUCCAAAUGGAUUUAAAUUUGCAAUUGUCUUGACUGUCUUUUAUCGACGUAGAAACAAAAGUCAACUGCCCAUGAAUGUUUAUUUUUUUUUUUUUAUUCUGAAGUAAAUGUGUUUUUCUUAGUAAAGCUAUUCAGUUGUGUCAAAUGUAUGAAACGUUGUCUAGCAUUUAAAGUUAACUGGGUGGGUAGAUCCAGGGAAAGGACCCAUUUGCAUGUUCUGUUAAAAGGGUCAAUGUGGAAUUCCUUUUGCAUAUAAAUGGUUAAUAGUUUUUUUUUUGUUUUUUUUUUGGUGUUGUUUUUCACAUUGUUAUUCCAAAUUACCUGAAAAUAAAGUAAUUUGAGAAAAAUA